AUGGAUCAAUUGCCGGACGAGGCGCCUGCUGGGCAGUCCUUUGAAGCGUCCUCCUUUGAAGCAUCUCACGAUACCGCCCUCUGUCUGAUCCCUCCGCCCCAGCUCUGGGAUCCCAUCAACACGCUGCGCUCACUCAAUGACGAGAAAUUCACCAAAUGGCCGCCUCAUGUCACUCUCGUCUAUCCAUUUGUCACGCCAGAAGCUCUCCCUGAAGUGAUCGAAGCGCUUUGCCGCUCCCAUCUGGAACCCCAGGACGACGACAUCUCCAUCAACCUCGAAGAGCCUGGAGUCUUCUCACACCGUCGACGUAGCAAAACAGUCUUUAUCCGGCCGAGACCUGGGCCAAACGUCGACCGCCUGUCAGACUUGAGAGACCGAAUUCUCCGUUUCCUGGAAUGGCCCAAAGGCAGAGACUAUCAGCCUCAUAUGACGCUCGCCCAAAGCGAGGACGAUACGACAUCAUGGCACCAGUUUCUCAUGGAAAAGGCACGGCUCUUGACGCCCGUGACAUGGCGCAAUCACCAGCUCGCAAUCAUGAUGCGUGAUCCGACAUCAAAGGGUCAAUCCGGAGCCUCCCGGCCGAUGCGAGUCUGGGGUUAUAUCGAUCUGGCAUCUCGGUCUCUUGUGCGUGACUCUGCAGCCUUGGCCGCAAUUCCUGGACUACCAGUGGAUGCUUCUCUGCCACGACACCAAGCUACCUUCCGCUACAACAAAGACCAAGAGCUGUGGGAACCCCUGGGAGGUCCGAUCACUAACACAGUUGCUGGGCCGACCUCUCUCACACAUCUUGUCAUCGCGUCGUAUAAUGUCAUGGCCGAGUUUGACUGGCCUCCGAGUUCUUCUCGCUAUCCCGCGCUGGUCGGCAACAUCCUGUCCGAACGUGCCUCAGCUGAUAUUCUUGUCCUCCAAGAAGUCACAGACCAUUUCCUCGGCUUCUUGCUGGACGACCAAGACAUCCGCUCACGCUACCCUUACGCUACCCAUGGACCACCUCAUCAGCAUGGCCUUGGGCCUCUGCCAAGUCAUUCCAAUGUUGUGGUGCUCAGCAAGCUUCCCUUCCAGUGGGAGUACCUUGCGGGUGUCAAGAAACACAAGGGCUUUGGAAUCCUCCAAUUUCCCACGGUCAGGUUUGGCGAAGCUUCAGAUGCUCCCUCACUGCCCUUGGUAUUAGCAGCUUGUCACCUUAGCAAAGGGCUAACAGACGCUGCUCUUGCCACCAAACGAGACGAGAUAAAGAGAGUUGCUCAGCACUUGGAAUCAUCAUUCCCUCGGCAUCCCUGGGUAAUCGCUGGCGAUUUUAACUUGGCCUCGUCCUCGCAUACCAUUGAUACAGCCCUGGAAAGGGGCGAUGUCACCGACAAGGGUCUUGAGCUUCUUCGAGAGAUCGAAGCGACAGUGUCGAGAGCCGGAAUGCAAGACGCAUGGCUGGCCUCUCGAGUUGGUCCCGGAGAAUCCUCAAGCUCCAGCACAAAAGGAAACCAUGAGUACUUUCUGGAGCUUUAUGAGGGUGAGCAAGGAGCAACCUUUGAUCCGUUGUCCAACCCUCUUGCUGCAGCUUCGAGUGGUGUUGAUGGCGCUCGCCCGCAAAGAUAUGACAGGAUACUGGUCACAAAGGAUGCUCCCUUUCAGCCCCGCGGAUUCAACAUGUUUGGUCAGGUCCUGGACUCCAAAGGAGACGACUCUCAGGCCCCUGCUAGUGACCACUGGGGCAUCCGCUGUCUUCUCGUGGCAUCAACUCAAAACUCAAGCGUGAUAGGACCGUCAAAUUCCAAGUUGCAAGAAAUUAGUCUGCAUAAGGCUGGCGUCACGCUGGGUAGCUUCGAGGAGCUGAAAGGCUGCUUGGUAUCCAGUGGUCAAUUCCCUGCUUCUUCCGACGCCGAACUGAGAAACGAGGCAAUAUCUCUCCUGAAAACAACCCUACUGGAUAGCGAUGCUGAAAGUGCUGGAAACAGCACGCGCUCACAGGUGCAGCUUGUCGUCAUCCCCGUGGGAUCCUUUGGCCUCGGCGUGUGGACCAGCUCGUCGGAUGUAGACUGUCUCUGCGUGGGAAACAUCAGUUCCCGGACCUUUUUCGCCUUGGCCAUACAGAAGCUGAGGAAAGCUUCGGCAAAUGGCAUCAAGAUCUUACGCCGUGUGAAGGCAAAUUCCGGAACAAUGCUCGAAUUGGAGAUUCGCGGCAUCAAGUUUGAUCUCCAGUACUGCUCUGCCGCAGCAAUAGCUCAGGGAUACCCUGAGGUUUUCAAACGGCCCUCAUCAGAUCCCAUCUUCGCUUUGCCUCUCCAAUCACUGGCCAAACUCAAGCCAGCCCGGGACCUCUUUUACCUCCGGAGGUCCAUUCCAGACAUGACCAAAUACCGCGUGGCACACCUUGUCAUCAAGGCCUGGGCGAAAUCAAGAGGUCUGUAUGCGGCAAAGUUUGGCUUACUGGGAGGCAUCCAUAUCACUUCCAUGCUGGUGCCCGUCUGCAAGGCACUGGCAAACGAGCCCGAGGCAGCUUCCACCGCCGAUGUCCUCACCUCCUUCUUCCACCACUACUCGACUUUCGACUGGGCUACAGGAGUGGUGUACGAUCCAUUCUACCAUACUGAGUUGCGAUACCACCGCACAUUCAGGGAGCCCCUUUGCCUUCUUGGCUGGCACGGACCGUCCCUCAACACAGCGUCCAGUGCCUCCAUCUCCACCGUCAAUGCCCUGGCUUCCGAGUUUACCAGAGCAGCAACCCUCCUUUCCCAAGAAGGCAUGACGUGGAGCAAGUUUCUCGGCGUGGAACAGUCUGAAUCACCGUCUAGUCUGCUUGAGAAAGGGGCUGCUGAUUUCCUCGAUUCAUAUCGGACCUACAUCAAGAUAAGUGCCCGCUACUGGGGAUCAUCCCAGCAAAAGGGCAGAAAAUAUCUGGGCUGGCUGGAAUCGAGGCUCAUCUCCAUCCUUGUCGACAUAAGCCGAAAGUCUCCAGGCAUUGUACCACGCAUCUGGCCUGCCCGAUUCACAGACGAAGAACAGUCAUCCAGCAACACCGACGCCGAAAAUCCGGAGCUUACUGCGUGUUACUUGAUAGGCCUCAAAAAGGACGACGCCGCUGCCAACAAAUCCGCGACGAGUCUGACCACCGCAGAGGGCGCCAUCCAAGGCAUCCUCCAGGAGUUUGAAUCUCGGAUCCAGAAGAGUGACAAGUACUUCGAUCCCGAGCACUGCUGGAUGAGCGCCUCCAUUGCGCGCCGAUCGAGCCUCGGUCCCGUGCAGCUUGCCCCCGAGCAGCUCUACGAUUACGAUGCCGCCGAUACCGAUAUCGACUCAGACGAUGAGGAUGACGCGGAGGAACUCGAACAGAACGAGGCAGUGGGCGAUCCUCUCGCCUCCAACAAAGAUGCCGCUCGAGUGUCAAAGUUGGCCACCACCUCCCAUGUCAAACCGCCCGGAGCAGGCAAACUCCGCACCGCAGUCGACGCCCUGAACCGCAUCCGCUGGGACCCCGGCAUGGACUCGGCCGACUACGUCGUGGGCUAUGAAGACCGGUUCCUCGGAGCCCAGGAGAAGGCGCUGGAUAGCUGGCGCACCGAGCAGACGGACGAGGAGUUUAUUCCGCAGCAUCGAAUCUUGUACUUCAAGCGCAAGAGUGAUGGGGUCAUUGUUUGGGAUAGGAGGUCACGAGUAGAUGCGAUAUUUGGGAGUGGAUAAACGGGAUCCCCUUUGGGUUGAAGUAGGUAGCUUAUUAGGUUGAUUA